UCAAAUGUUAAUUAAACUAAUUGGGAUUUUCAGUUUUAAUAAUUACAUAAAAUAUGAAAUAAAAUUAAACUAUAAAGAUAAUCUCUUCACCGUAUAAUAUAGUGAUAGUGAUAAUUAAUAAAGAAGGGUUUUUAAAAUGAGACUUACAAUAAGGUUACUUUCUUCUGUAGCGCGAAAAAGGCCUUUUUAUGUCACUACACCGAUUUUUUACGUAAAUGCCGCACCACAUUUAGGACAUUUAUACUCAGCAUUGGUGGCAGAUGCUGUGCAGAGAUUUGAAAAACUCACAAACCCCGACUGUAAUAUAAUAUUUAGCACAGGCACAGACGAGCAUGGCACAAAGAUUCAACAAGCAGCGACCAAAGCCAACUUAUCUCUGUCCACAUAUUGUGACAUAAUAUCUCAAGAGUACAGAGAUCUGUUUAGAGAUUUCAACAUUAACCAUACAGAUUUCAUACGUACCACAGAAGAUAGGCAUAAGAAGGCGGUUACACAUUUUUGGAACGAAUUAGUAAAACGUGAUUAUAUUUACAAAGCUAAGUAUUCUGGUUGGUACAGUAUCAAUGAUGAAGCGUUCAUACCAGAGACACAUCUAAAAGAAGAUAUUGUUGAUGGAGAAAAGGUCAAAAUAUCAAUAGAAUCAGGACACAGCGUGGAAUGGACAGAAGAGACCAACUAUAUGUUCAGACUGAGCGCGUUCAAAACACAUUUACAAGAUUGGCUUAAAACAGACGGUGUGGUGACCCCGGUUAGAUUUCAGAAGCAACUCUUAGAUUAUUUGAAUAACGAGACUUAUUUCCCGGACAUCUCAGUCAGCAGACCUUCCUCCAGAGUGCAUUGGGCUAUUCGAGUGCCAGGUGAUGAUGAUCAAAGCAUCUAUGUGUGGCUGGAUGCACUCAUCAACUACCUCUCAGUGAUAGGAUACCCUGAUGAAGAGGUGAUGAAGAGGAACGGUAGACCUUGGCCCGCUGAUGUUCAAGUUGUUGGGAAAGAUAUACUCAAGUUCCAUGGUAUUUAUUGGCCAGCAUUUCUAAUGGCGAUUGGUUAUCAUCCGCCACGGCGACUGUUGUGUCAUGCACACUGGACUGUGGAUGGCACCAAGAUGUCAAAGUCAUUGGGCAAUGUUGUCAGUCCGAGGCAAGCGGGGGCUCCACCCUCAGCACUGAGAUAUCUCUUGCUGAGAGAGGCUACCAUGGCUUAUGAUGCUAAUUUUAGUGAGACGAAGUUAAUAAACAUCGCAAACUCUGAGCUGGCGGACACACUCGGCAACCUCGCCUCGCGCUGCGCCGCGCCCGCACUGCACACACUGCACACAUCGCACACACUGCACACAUCGCACACACUGCACACAUCGCACACACUGCACACAUCGCACACACUGCACACACCGCACACACACAACACCGUCUCUGCUCACACCCUCACCGCCUGCAGGGGAGAGGAUACGACAGGGAAACUCAUGGACGCGGUGGAGAGACUGCCAGAACUAUGUCAUGGUUACUACAGCAAUUAUCAAUUCUACAAAGCAGCGGACUCAGUUAUCCAUGUUUUACAUUUAGCUAAUUUAUUCUUUGAAACACAAAAACCUUGGGAAUUAAAGAAAAAAAAUUCUCAAGAACAAUUGGAUGCAGUUCUUUAUAUAAUAACGGAAACAUUAAGAAUAUGUUCUAUAAUAUUACAACCUUUGAUACCGGAUCUGGCAACACAGUUGUUGGAUAAAUUACAAGUACCAAAAGAUUGUAGAAACUGGCAACACUGUGAAACUCCCUCGUGGAUAGAUGGCGCUGUUCAUGCAAAUAUACAGCCGGGAAAGUUCGUGUUGUUCCAAAGAAUUUAUACAGAUAAGAAAGCGAAGAAAAUAAGUGCCUAAUUAAUAAAAGAUUUUAUUUUG